AUGAUUUAUAAGAGUUUUUUAGAAGUGCCCACAUUUGAUUUUGUACCUACUAACAAGACAGUCGUCCAAGGUUCUAAUGUCUUCUGGCGUUGCCAUGCUGAUGCGCAACCUAGUGCAGUACGGUACACUUGGACAUUCGGUGAUCGUCCAAAUAUAAGCGAGACUUUCUUUAAGGAGGGAGAUUUUUCGCUAAGAGAUGCGCGUAAGGAUGAUCGCGGUUGGUACGAGUGCGUUGCACGUGGCCCUUCUGGGGAGCAAUCAAAAGCUUCGGCCUUUCUGGAUGUUUUAUAUGCCCCUGAAGCGUUACCAUCGCAUCGGCAAGUGCUCACAAUUGGAUAUGGCCAAAAUGGAACAAUACCAUGUGCAGUGGAUGCAAAUCCAGCACCAAGUCAUUACACAUGGUCGAAGAACGGACACUUCCUUUCCACAACAGCUGAGGGGUCAUUGUUUCUAAAAGCCGAGAAAGAUUCUGAUGGUGGGAUAUUUGGAUGUCAAGCGGAAAAUUCUGUUGGGAGGAGCUCGGUGCUUGAAACGCACGUGGUAAUUGCUGAACCUCCGGUGUUUAUAACGCGACCACCUUCCGAGCUUCGAGUUUUCGAAGGUGCCCCUGCUAAAGUGGAGUGCGAUGGAUUUGGGGAUCCUCUGCCGAUAGUUUACUGGGUUCAUUCCGAGAGAAGAAUAUCUUCGGCUGUACUCUCGUUCCCUUCCGUCUCGCAUAGCGAUCAUGGUGUAUAUGAAUGUAUUGUUAGUAACGCUGUGUCAUCCAUAUCAAGCACAAUGAAACUCAUUGUCGACCCUUUCAUAUCUGGUUUAGGGUUCAAUGGCUCCUAUGCGCAAUCUUUCAUUGUACACUACUCGUCUGACGAUGAUCCAUCAGACAAAAGCCUUCUUACCACAUCGAAUUCGGCAACGAUCGGUGACUUAAAAGCUUUUUCGAAGUAUAGGAUCUAUGUGGAAAGCCGCAAUCAGAAAGGCUCUACGAACUCAACAACAGUUGAGAAACACGGUCAGCAGGGAUAA